AUGGAGUUGAAUUUUCUGGUAGUUACUGAUAGCCAUGAGGGAUAUGAAGAAUUAGAAACAAUUGUAGAAAAAAGUAAGCCUGACAUUGUCCUACAUGCUGGAGAUUUUUCAAGAGGUUAUGAUAAUCUUCCAUCUGUAUGAAGACAGUUAGAAAUUUUGGAGCAAUUAGAUAAGCCGAUUUAUUGGAUACCUGGAAAUCAUGAUCAUAAUUGCUUUAUUCUCCAUAUGAACCCUUUGAGAGAAUUUCCAGGCAAUUUCUGUGAGUAUCUAAGUAGCAAAAAAUUUAUUUUAUUAGGAGAUGUUGCGCAUGAAAUAGUUCCUGGACUAUUUAUUGCAGGACUAGGAGGGGCGCCGCCAAGUUUUGUAGGAGAUGAAGAAAGAUAUUAUGGAAAACCAUAUCAAACAAGAACGAUUUGCAACUGAGUAGUAAGACGAGUAUUGCAUCCCCAAUUGCAUAUGCCAGGGCAAUAUAUUCUUUUAACUCAUUUCGGACCUUUAGGGAGUAAUACCUCCAAGUGUUUCGAUGAUGGAAUUGAAUCAGGGAACCAAGGACUGGCUGAUUUAUUGAAUGAACUUCAUGAUACAAUUUUGGUAAAUUUUCAUGGUCAUCAGCAUUGUGGGAAAGGGAUUUUUGAUCUAGAAGGUGUUCCUGUUGUAAACCCAGGCCCAUCAGUGUUUGGCAAGAUAAAAUUGAAUAACAAUCGUUGGGAGAUAGUUGAAAUAAAACUACUGCAAAAUGAGCACUAUAGCUUUUUUUGCAUAUUUGCUUUGAAAGCAAUGAGGCUUGAAAUAGUGGGCAAGGCCUAUUUCCAAGGUAAAACUACUAUAAGGAGCAACGAGCGAUUUUGAAGCAGACUAAUAAUUUAAAUCUAUUUAAGAACCGAUAAGUAUUUAUUUCUUAUGAAGCAUUUAUUCCCUGUGCUCAUGCUCAAUGCUCUAGUUUCAUGGAAAUUGCUGUUCUCCGCCCAUGCAUUAGUAUUGCUGCCAUGAUGAUUCGAUCAGAGUAUGCCCACAUUGCAGUUCUCCCUAUUUUAAACUUCAGGAUACUAAUCUCAUGAAACUAGAGCAUUGAGCAUGAGCGCAAAUAAAUUUAAAUUAUUAUCUGAUUCAAAGUUGCUCCUUGUUAUUUUACGUAUUUUUACCUUGGAAAUAGUACUUGCAUUCUAUUCCAGCUCUCAUUACUUUCAAAGCAAAUAUGCAAAAAUAGCUAUAA